UCAAGUGCGAUUAACACCGACCCGCCAAAUCCCCCCCCGCCCCCGCUUCCCCUUCCCGGGCCAUUUGGGGCAUGCACGCGCCCGCGCCCCGUGUUUACACGGCGGCGCCUUCGCGCGGAGCCUUUUUGUGGAUGGCGCUGGCAGAUGAGCCGGGGGAGGUGGGGGCUCCGCGCCGCGCAGCGCCCGCCGCCACCGGCUAUAAAAGCCUCCGGGCCCGCGGCCGGCAGGGCCAGGCGAGCGGCCGCGGACCGGCGGAGGAUGGAGGGCGGCGGCAGCAGGGGGUGCGCCUGCCCCCGCCCGCUCUCGGUAGCGCUGCCCCCACAGGGGUACGCGCCCCUCUCCUCCUCCCCGCGGUUCGCGGAGCGGCCCGGCCCUGCCCUGACGGCCCUGCCCUUGCCCUGCAGCCCGGCGCCCUUCUGGAGACCGUGGUUGCCAGCGCUGGGCGAGGAGGCCCCGCGGAACGUCCCCGGCCCCGCAGCGCCUCACAGCCCCGGUGGGCUGGCGAACGCCUCCCGGAAAGUGGAGCAGUACACGCACCCCGUUAGACUAUUUUGGCCCAAAUCAAGAUGCUAUGAUUACUUGUAUCAGGAAGCUGAAGCACUUCUGAAAAACUUUCCAGUUCAAGCCACAAUUUCCUUUUAUGAAGACUCAGAUAGUGAAGAUGAUGAAGAUGAACUAGAACAAGAUUCAAGAACAGAAUCAGGUUGCUGAUUGCAGGGAAGGCCAAUGCCACUUCUAAGACUUAAUUUAAACUUAAUAUAAAUAUGUAUUAUAGUAUUUUUAAAUAUAAUUUAUUUCUAUGUAAGUUAUUCUUAAUAAAACUGAGAUGUCUUAUAAUUU